AUGAAAAAUGGCCGUUGGUGUGAUUUAAUUGAGUUGUUCUGGAAGAGUCAACUGGGUGUGCCUGUGGAUUACUUUUCCAACACCAAUACACUGCGCCAAUUCUUCAUGGCUUGGAUUCUCUUUAACUACAUCAUGACCGCCAUUUACUUUGCAAAGGUCGAGAGCAUUUUUGUGCAUCCAUCUUACUAUCCAGAAAUGGAUCGCUUGGACGACUUGGAGACGUUGAAUGUGCCCAUAUUCGGCGUACGAAAUAUGUUCACUGCCAUCAAGCCGGCCCUAAAGCCUCAUCAUUGGCGUGCCAUCGAGCAGCGUGCUGUCUACUUACCCCUAAAAUUCUCAUCCUUCCAAUAUGGCGUGCCAAUAAGCGAGCGCAAGCAUUCGCGUGUUGCAUUUCUACUGCGCUCCGAAACCGCUAAAGACUUGCUGGUGAAGACGUACGAUGUUGAACGCCGUCGGCCGAGAUUCCAUGUAAUCAAGGAGCGUCUGCUCGCAAUGCCACAGACUUAUCUCUUGCCGAAGGGCUCACCAUUUGGGUACAAAUUUCAGCAAUUUGAGAGUCGAGUUUUCGAAAGUGGCCUCUUCGACUAUUGGGCUAUGCGUGGCUUGCAGAAGGACAGUGUGCGCUCAGCGAGUUUGGAAGAGUUUCGCAACGAUUUGCCGGACGAUCUAAAUUUCGAGGACAAUGAUGUCGAUGAUGACGGUGAUGCGGAUGAUGUGGAGAAAAAGGUGGUGCUAAAUUUGAGUAUAUUGCAAGGUCCAUUCUAUUUGUGGGGCUUCGGUAUAUUGUUUAGCUUUAUCGGCUUUGUACUGGAGCAUGUAUAUGCUAAUAUCUGGGAUGUGAAACACAUCACAGAUGACGAAUAUUUCUACGACAAAUUGAAGAGUCUACAUCUAGUACAUGAGCUACGCAUAGCAAUGUUCAAGGAGUUUUUACGCGCUAAAUCGCGCGUCGUUGCCACAGCUGGCUACACAGGCGUGGAUGGGCUGCUCGCGAGCGUCUGUAUAUGCAGCCAGCUGAUAACGAAUAUUACGGCGCUUGCACGCAUUUGGUUUUCGUGGCAGACCGGUUUUCAGAUAGUGCCGCAUAUUUCUUCUAGUUUCUAG